AUGCAGUCGCAACAACACUACCACAGCUUGCCCAUCCAAGCCGGCUUGGGCCCGAUUGUCAACGUGAGGGCCAACGCGACUGCCCCACGUGCGGGCUUGGGCCGCGACACGACGACCGAUCGUGUGAAGCCUUUGGACGCGUCUGGGCGUUUUGCCACCCCCUCCAAUUCCCACCCCAACUGUCCUUCUGACGAGGAGGACGAUGUGGACGAUACGAGAGGGCUUUUCAGUGACGCUUUCGACAUGAACGAGCUCGAGGAGGCGGAUAACGAGGAGGGUACGAGCGGGAAGAGUACGAGCGUCGAGCCGGGGAAGCUUCAGCCCGAAGACUUCGAUUUCGAGGAGCUCGAGCGUCAGCUGAAUGAGGAACUCGGGGGCGAAGGCGAAACGAGGGAGUUAAGUGGCGACGAUUCUGAAUGGGGAGAUCUCGAAGAUGCUGAAGGAGAGGACGACGAUGACAUGAGUCCCGAUGGUGCUGGCGCCGCCACCGCCCAACCUCAGGCUGAUGUCGUUCCCAUUUCUGGCGGCACCUUCCCCUCACCCGCCACUAUCACUUCGCUCGCGGUCCAUACACCACCCACAACUCGGACAGACGACUCUGCACAACUACUCGUAGAGCCACUUCAACUGGCUGCCACACAAAAUGGACUCGGGCCUCAAGAAGACGAGGAGGUCCACAACUUCGACAGGCACUCGGAGCCCAACUACGAGUAUGUCCCAAUCCCGCAACAAACAGGCUAUGGCGAUCUGGAGACUGGCAGCAGCCAGCCGCAACAGCACAAUCAAUAUGCUCACUGGCCACAGCCUGGACCAGUACCCUGGGCAGCGCCAUCGCAACACGCGCCACUGCCGACUUAUGGAUGUUAUGCUUCUUCUCAGCCAAACUAUUAUGCUAUGCCGACUUCUUAUGACGCUUAUUACGGACAACCCCCGCUUCCUGCUGCCCACGGAGCGGUUAACCCACACCAACAACAGUAUCCCUAUCCCGCCUACUAUCAGCACCAGCAGCCGCUUCCAGUUGCUGCCGGACCACAGUAUGCCCAUGCUGCCUCAAACUAUCCGCCUCCGCCGCCUCAGCGUUACGGAUACAGCCACAACAAUGCGGUCGUUCCGAAUGCGGGUCCUCAAAAUAUUUACCCCAUGCCUCCCCCCUCGCACGCGUACGCGCACGAUGCCUACCCACCGAACCAGCGAUUAUAUCCCCACCAACAGCAAGCUGCUUGGGCCGCAACACCGAGAGCUGCGCUCCACGUUCCUUCGCGAAACGCGAACACCAAUACGGUCUUUAAGCAUUACCAGCCGAAGCACGCUGGUAAUGUCCGGUUCGCUCCGUAUCCGGCCCAGGCCGAGACCGCGAAGAAAAGUGGGCAUCGCAGCCCCGUCAAGUCCAACCAAGGACAGGGCUCGACUAUGCCACAGGAGAACAACGCUCCGGAUCUUCUAUGGGUGAAUACUGUGGCCAUGAACGCCGAGGCAGGCCCGUCCUCCCGGCCCGCUGUCACCAGAGAACAUCGCGGUCAUGUGACGCCGGUGCCGGUGUCGGUUCCCAGACUCAAUACGAUUACCACCCAGCAUCCGCCCGCUGCUGUACCACGGAGGCGGCAGCAGCGCCGGCGCGCAGACCCCGCAGACUCCGUAGUGGAGGCUGCACGUGCCCAGCUCUCGCGCGAGAUACUGCUGGCCGUGGAGCGCACGGAGACGCUCGACAUGCGCGGGGACGCAGCCGAAUGCCGAAUGCCCGCCGGGGCCGGGGCCGGUGGGGUCACGUGCGACGCGGCGUUCAGGGUCGGGAAGAUGAAGGAGAAGGUGACGCCCGAGUCGAUCCGGGACCACCUCGUGCAGUUCCACGGGUACCCGAAGACGCGGGGCCGGGCCGGCGCGGGCGCGGACCUGCUGUGCCGGUGGGUGAUGGAGGACGGGAGCACGUGCAACGGGCCAUUCAAGAACGCGCUCGCACUGGGGACGCACGUGCUCAAGAUGCACGGGAAGCAGGACUGGGUGCGCUGUGUGGGCGACCCAGAGUGCGGCCGGCUGUUCCAUUCGAAGAAGGCGCUGAUCGUGCAUCUCGUCGAGUGCGAGGAAGAGUUUAAGCGCAAGGCGCAAGCGUGUUGGGGGCACGUGCAGCCGGAGACCCAGGAAUAA